CUGUGUCAUGUCUGCAAAACCUUCGAUCAGUCCACCCCUGAACAUAGUGAAUGGUAAAAUAUGCCAAUUUUCAAUUAUGUAAAUCACCAAUAUCGAGCUACUAUCAUGAAUGUGAAAUGAAGAGAUCUUAAACUCUGAUCGCCUUUAAGUUCCCGUCCGACCGCGGCCGCUCUGUCGUGAAUAAAUUUAGAUGGCAGGCAAAACAGCGCAACCUGCCAUUUUGCCGGUGCCGCGUACAGCGAAAUAUCAUCCAGUUGAUCUGUUUGUCUGAUCCCCCUAGUGUUGAAAUGUGACUUUUUUUCCCUCCUAUUCUAUCGUCUUAUUCCUUUCCUAGCUUUCCCUUUUACAGUACAGUAUUAUUUGUUACACAAUUAUUAGACAAUACUGUAUUGUUUUAUGUACUAUAUAUUUGUUGUUCUGUACAUCUUACAAUUAAAAGAAAAAAAAAAAGAUCGUCCAGUUCAACUUUGCCGAGGGCGCCGCCAUGUUGAAAUAAACUCUACGAUGAUGUCAUUUGAACUAGCCAAUCGGUGCGUGUUUGCCGGCAAAAUAUAACCUGCCUACUGCUUACACAAGACUGAGACUGACUUAAACCUACACUUUUACAUUUUUGCAGUCCAAACCAGUGGACAUAAAUUCACCUUCUUGAAUUUAACGCAUAAACAAAAGAAAAAGUUAAGGUAUGACUUCAAAAAUAGUUUCAUAGGUGCAUUUUAGGCGCACAGAUAUGAAACAUUUAAAUUUAUCUUGUAUGAAAUAAGCUGUCUGUUGACAUGAGUAAUGUUUGCUUGUGCUGAGAAUGAGAUUUAAAACAUCUUGUGUUCAUUUUUCACGGCGGUCGUUUUCUAGUAUUUACGGUAGUUCUUGUCAACACCGGAAAGGCCAUUGUGCGGAUCGGUGCGCGCGCGUGUGUGUGUACACUAACUCGUCGACUGUGUUGUGCUCUUUUUUCUUUUUUUAACCUCCCCCUCCCACAACAUAAUUCUCGCUGUUAGUUAAGUGAAACAUGUCAACAAACAUCUCGUCGGGCAACCUAAACCUGGAGUCGCAGCUGUUGUCCAUCAUGGACGUGCUGGUGAAGGCGGCUGUGGCGGAAAUCAGUCAGCUUUUCUCGGAGAGCUCGUCGUCACUGCGCCUUCAUCUGAGCCAGAGCCUGAAGGAGAACGAAGGCUUGAGGAUGAGGAUGAAGGUGAUGAGGAGCGAGCUGUUCUCCCUCAGGCUUCAGACCAGAACCAACCGGCCGGCGAGCAGAUUCUCUCCGCUCAAAACUAAUGUCUCCAAAGGACGGACUAAAUCACAAGCAGUUGUUAUAAAACCACCAGAGGGCCAAAAGGCUGUGGGAGAAGCUGCUACUAUUCCUUUACAAGUGGAGAACAAGAAUCCCAACCCUGCUGCAGAAAAGGUGUGUACAGAUGUGGAGUCCAUAGAUGUCAUCCUGAUUAAAGAUGAAGAUGAUAUCGGAGAUUGUGGACCAGGUGUAGGUCAGGGGGACUUUGGAAACCACAACACACAAAUUCCUGCUGCCACAGAAACUCCAAAUUUAGCAGCUACUGGUUUCUCCUGUCUGACAGGUGAUAACGGAGAGCUGCGAAUCGUGAGCGUACAUGGUCGUGGACACGGCCCUCUACAAGAAGAGAGGGACACCCUCUUCAGUGCUUCUGAAUUGCAGGUGUUUAGCUCUCUGUCUUCUGACCAGGCCAUCAGCCACGGCAGUCUGCCGGGUUUCACCACAGGUACUAACGACAGAGCCUCGAUGCCGGGGAUGCAGGACAACGGUGUGGGACUGGGAAGAAGCAGCCAGCUUGAAUUAACUCAGUCCGCCCAAACAACGUCACUGAACCCAACAGCAAUAUUAGAAACGGGUUCUGAAGGUAAAGGGGCCCACCCAGGUCACAUCAGCCAGUUUCCGCAGCAGCAGAAUCCUGUCUUUCCUCACGGCGCCAACAAAUCCUUGGACUGCGGCUUCUGUGGCGAGUGGUUCCCCAGCCGUGAAGAGCUGAUUGUACACCGGGCAACUCAUACCGGGGAGCCACCGUUCUCUGCACCGUGUGCGGCAAAUCGUUUGUCAACAGGACCACGCUCAACAUCCACAUGCGCAUUCACACCGGAGAGAAGCCGUACGCGUGCCAGCAGUGCGGGAAGCGCUUCACACAGAACGGCAGCCUGAAGAUCCACCUGAGGACUCACUCUGGGGAGAAGCCGUACACCUGCUGUCACUGCAGUGCCAGCUUCAACAACCUAGCAACCUCCGCAGACAUAAGAGCACGCACAACACCAACGGGGUGGUCUGACACUGCGGUCAGGUGCAGUUUUUAAGCUUGUUAUUUUUCCAGACGCUUUGUAAACCACAGUGGUGUAUCUGUGGGAGUUAUUUUGUCUUGCAGUGUGUCAGUGUCUUAUUCUGCCAGUUCACAAGGAAAUCUUCAUGGGGGAAAAAAUAUACUUAAUCAGUUAUUAACGCAUUAAUGUUUCAUAAAGUUAAUGAAGUCUGAGGUUUAAAACAUAGCUUCAUAGAACAUUGUCUCAGAUUCAGAGUGAUUAUUCUUUUCAAUUCCAACAAUUUAUUGAAGUUGCACAAAUACAAAUUUUGUUUUGAUUUUUUUCUUCCAAAA